CCGAAUAUAGAAGAUAAGUUCAAAGAACAGUCAUGGCCUAGAGAAUAACUAGGGUUUAUAUCUUCGAUCUCAAAAUUUGUAUCGUAAUCCGCCGAUGGCCGCUUCCUCCAUAGAAGGUGUCGGAGCAACGGCUCUAAGGUCAGUCCUCCACCGCAUCCAGCUAGCCGCCGACAGAUCCGGCAGGUCUUCUGACCGAAUUAGAGUAGUUGCCGUCAGCAAAAUCAAGCCCGUUUCCAUCAUCCGUGAAGUCUAUGACGCCGGCCACCGUCACUUUGGUGAGAAUUACGUUCAAGAGAUCAUCGAGAAAGCACCUCAGCUUCCAGAAGACAUUGAAUGGCAUUUUAUUGGUAAUCUGCAAAGCAACAAAGUAAAACCUCUUCUAACUGGUGUGCCAAACCUUGCUAUGGUGGAAACUGUUGACGAUACGAAGAUUGCUAACCUUUUGAAUCGUGUUGUGGAGAAUAUUGGGAGAAAGCCUUUGAAAGUGUUGGUUCAAGUGAAUACUAGUGGAGAAGAAUCAAAAUAUGGUGUGAGUCCAUCUGAAUGUUUGGAACUUGUAAAGCAUGUAACUUUGUCCUGCCCUAACCUUGAGUUUUCUGGGUUAAUGACCAUUGGGAUGCCUGAUUAUACUUCAACCCCUUUGAAUUUCAGUACACUGGCAAAUUGUAGAAGUCAAGUCUGUGAGGAACUUGGAAUUGCAGAAGAAAAAUGUGAACUAUCAAUGGGAAUGUCUGGUGAUUUUGAAUUGGCUGUUGAAAUGGGUAGCACCAAUGUAAGAAUUGGAUCAACCAUAUUUGGUGCCAGGGAGUAUCCCAAGAAACAGUGAAAUUAGCACUAAAAUUGUUUUUCUUUCAGCUUGAGAAAGAUCAGAGUGCAACUUCAUCAGAUAAGUUCCUGUUUUUUGUUAUUUUAUUUUGCAGCAGUUUGUAUUAAAUUAAAAUAAAAACAUCCUCUUGAUUUCAACCCUUAUAAAUUUGGAUUUGGAUUAGAG